AUGCCGAUCUCCUACUACGCCGUGGGCUCUUGGGACGAUUGGGCCGAAUUUCACCUGCUCUGUUUGGACGAGGCCACUGGUCUUUAUGGUGCGACCAUACCGGUUCGGAAGGCUCCUGGUGUGGAGGAAUUUCAGAUCGUGGAAAACAAAAGCUGGGCGCGGCGCUUCUUCCCGGUAGACGGAGGCCAGUCGAUUGCGGGCCCGGAAGAACGUCAUGGAGCCAACUGGCGGGCUGAGAUACCCUGUCGCUGUCGUGAUCUGCAUGUUUUGUGGGAUCCUGUGGGGCAGCGCGACGUCAAGUGGCAGUUCGUCGAUUAUUCUGGAAAGCUUUUGGGACGCCCAGUGGUCAGCCGUAAGUCCGCCACGGCGACGUUUUUCCUUGUGGGCUCCUGGAAUGAUUGGCAAGACUUUCUGGAGCUGCGGCCGCGCAUGAGGCCGCGCAGACAGGCACUGGCAGCUUUCGGUGGACAGCGAGAUGCUCAACAGCGGGAAGACGUGCGCAAGGAUCAAGUACACGGAGGCCGCAUUCCUGUUCAAGGUCUUGGUUCUGUGGAACUGCAGGUUGCGCAGGGGCGUGACUGGGAACGACGGUUCUAUCCUGCUGAUGCAUCCACGAAUGCACGAGUUCUCGGACCCUCAUGCCCUCCACAUGGCAUGAAUUGGCGAAUUCCAGUUCCCAGCCGCUGCUGGUGGCUGAACAUUACAUGGUGCUGCAACGCCGGGGGUUCGGGUGCUCUUUCUUGGACCUUCUUGGACCAAAGCGCCAACGAAAUCGAUGUUACGCAACAAGCCGUCCUGCGCUUGGGCUUUAUCCGAGUCCGUGCCAUGAAGCUGAUCAGCGACAUUUUCCACAACCAUUGCGGAGGAGACGGGAAGGUAAGCCCCUCCACUUUGAGGGAGCUUCUUGUGACCUUGGGCGAUCACAACCUGGGUAUUUGGGACACAUCAGAUGUCGACACUAUUCUUGCCCGUUGGAGCGACAAAAGCGCCAUCGAUUUUGACGAAUUUGUUAGUUGGGUGUAUCAAGAUUGUGCUUUACUCUCGCCUCGGGAUCAUUCUGAAGAGUGCCACCGCAGUCCGCGUCAUCUGACGAUCAACUUCGACGUGAACAAGACGCUAGUGAUGAGGGACAAGACCGCAGGCAAGUCUGUUGAAGUGGUCAUCAACGAGGUCCUGGCGGAGACUUGCUGGGGUCGCUUUGAAGACGACCGAUGGAUCCUCGUGUCUGACCAGCCUUCCUCGCUUCGCCCAGAAACUUCAGCUGGUGAGAGUGAGGGCCUCGUCAGCUAUGCGGAGUUUCUGGAGAAGACGAUGCCCGGAAGCGCCGCUCGAAAAGACCGGCAGAAACUGAAAGGCGCCUUUACACUGCCGGGUCAUCCGGGAGAAAGGAUGGAGCACUCUCACAAGAAGUUGUGCAAGCAGCUGAUUUACCCAGACGGGUCUCCAGUUCAAGUGGUGCACGCCUUCUUUCGUUUGCUGGUCGAGCUGAAGCGAUCGAAGCGGUCCUUCUCUUUAAUUUUUCGAUCCUUCGGCGAGGACCUGGAGCUCGUCGCGAGUGAGCUGAAUUCGUUCUGCGAAGGGAAGCACCCCAUGUUUCCAGGCUUUUGCAUGGAUGGAAGCGAUGGAGAGCCAGACUAUCGGUUCCAUGUCACACACCCGGAGCGAUAUGGGAAUUUCCAUGUCGAAGACGAGGAGCUGCACCUGGUGUUGGGGACCAUCGAGCAACCUGGAGAGGGGAGCUUCAAGGAUGUCAAGGAUCGAAGCCUCGCUUUCUUCCAGCAGCACGAUUUGCCAGUUAAGAAAAUUAUAUCGGGCACGUCUGCCGUGGUGGACUUUAUCUGGGAGCUGUCGUCACAAUGUGUGACAGCUGGCUUCAGAGACAACUUCCAGUUCUGGAAAGCGAAGAAUCACAGCCAGGAAGGUGGCAAGUUUUUCCUUUUCGAUGCCUCACGGAGUACACGGCGCCAUGAGAUGUUUUUCGAUGAUAACGUGCAUUUCGAUGACUUGAAGAUCGUCCGUCCAUUUAACAGGCUUCGGCAGCGCAAGUCUUGGUGGGGGCUGCCACUGCUGCAAACCCAUGUGUGCAGGGCGGAUGCUCUCACUGCCAUCAACGACGACCUGUACUUUGUCGCAGAAGUUCAGAGGAUGGAAGACAACUACGAGCACAAGCUUGCAGCAAUGCAGCGCUGCAGUACCUGCUUGCAGCGAUUGCCGAAAGGUGCGGAAAGCGUCUCAAUCCCUCAGCUUCAUCACAAUGCGAAUUACGAUGCAUGGGAGGGCCUCCGAAAGGAUGAAAGUGUUUUGCCGCUGACAUCAGACGCUGAUGCAGACUUCUUCUCGCCUAUUGCCCGGGGUUCUGAAGGAACGAAGUGA